AUGUGUCUGUUGUUGAAGGCCAAGCUGCAACCAGCUUCCUGGUCAGCCUAUAACCACCGUACACGCGUCACGCACCUCCAACCGACGGAUGAGAGGGCCUGUAAAGAUGAAAUCUUGGUUGUGUUUCACUCUGAGUUAGCUUUCGCUUUUAGCAUCUCCUUCCCCACUUUCAGCAAGGGUUUCAGAAUUUCGGAGACAAAUACGACCACUAGAAGGAGCUUCAGUGGCAACCCUUUUACCAGACCCAAUACUGUGGUAAACCCUAGAUGCGUAAAUCCACCUACCCCUACAAACACCCCUGCUACAACAGAUCAUACGAAAAGAGGUUCAGUACUUCGCAAAAGCACUGGUAGCUCGAUGUUUCAGGAUGGAAAAGAGAAUCACAAAGAUAUAGUUCGUUCACCUGCUAGAUCAUAUGAAAAGAGUUUCAUGGCACCAACGAUCUCAGCUGCUUCAAAGUUCACUCCAUCACCAAGAAAGAAAGUUCUUGGUGUAAAGAAUGAGGUAACUUCGAUCCAGUUCUUGGACAAAGAUUUCGUAAUGAAAUCUGAAGCAACACUGUUGGAUCAACCUGUCAUGACGGAAGAGGAUUCAAAUGAAUCGAUAACCCUUGAACAAAAAAAGUUGUUCUUGAAACUCCUCUUGUUCGUAAGGUAA